AAAGUGAAAAAGGGGAGCAGCCACAGAGCGAGCGACGAAGAUAGGGAUGGUAUCGACGGUGGUGAAGAGCGCGUUGCAGGCGAUCCGAGAGAAAGGUCUCCGCACUUUCUUAAGGGAGCUCAAGGAAGAUGGCUACACGAAGUGCAUCUUAGGCGGAAACCUUCUGCAAACCAAAAUCCAUAACAUAGGGGCUACACUUGUGGGUGUUGAUAAAUUCGGCAAUAAGUAUUAUGAGAAACUUGGGGACACACAAUCUGGAAGACAUAGGUGGGUUGAGUAUGCAAAGAAGGAUCGUUAUGAUGCUUCUCAGGUACCACCAGAAUGGCAUGGUUGGCUUCACUACAUAACUGAUCAUAAAGGAGAUGAGCUUUUGAUGCUAAAACCUAAGAGGUAUGGAGUUGAGCACAAGGAAAACUUAUCUGGUAAGGGUAAUGAGUUUAUCUACCAUUCUAAAGGACAUGCACUUAAUCCUGGUCAGAGAGACUGGACAAGGUACCAACCUUGGCAGCCAACCAAGGCUGAGUAAUCUUGAAAACCAGUGUUCUGUUGACUUCGCAAGCUCUGGAAUUCUCAGUUUGCUUUUGAUGAAUAAUUUCCUGUAUUUGUCUCAAACGAUAGUUUUUAUGCAUCUGUUUACUGCAAGAAACUGCAAAUUGUCAACUUGAUAUUGGAUAAAUGGAAUUUAAUUUGGAUAUUGUCAAUAAGUUGUCUUCACAGCUUA